CAGGUGAACCUGGAUCUCACCUCCCUCCUCGACAGCGAGGACAAGAAGUCCAAGAACAAGCGAGGUGUCCUGCCCAAACACGCCACCAACAUCAUGCGCUCCUGGCUCUUCCAGCAUCUCAUGCACCCCUACCCCACAGAGGACGAGAAGAGGCAAAUUGCCGCCCAGACCAACUUGACCCUCUUGCAAGUCAACAAUUGGUUCAUAAAUGCCCGGCGGCGCAUCCUGCAGCCAAUGCUCGACGCCAGCAACCCGGACCCAGCCCCUAAAGCCAAGAAAAUAAAAUCUCAGCACCGGCCCACCCAGCGGUUCUGGCCCAACUCCAUCGCCGCAGGGGUCCUGCAGCAGCAGGGUGGCAAUUCGGGGACAAAUCCUGAUGGCUCGCUCAGCAUGGACAACCUCCAACCCCUCUCAUCGGCCACAGCCACCAUGGCCAUGCAGCAAGCCAUGCUGGCAGCCCACGACGACUCCCUCGAUGGCACCGAGGAAGAGGAGGAGGACGAGGAGGACGAGGACGAGAUGGAAGAGGAGGAAGAAGAAGAGGAAGAGCUGGAGGAAGAACCCGGUGGACUCCCAACGGCACCCGGCGCUGACCUCAGCUUGGACCACAGUGACUCGCUGGAAUAG